AUGUCCCUAACCUUCAACAUCUCCUUGCCAUUCGACAUUGAAGCCGCGCUGCACCCUCUCGCCGGCGAGAGCAUAGAAAUCAACGACCCGGAGAUCCAGGACGCGAUUCGAGAUGCUAUCUUGCAGGCUGCGAGGUCGUUGCCGUAUGGGAGUGCGAUUGAGGAGGGGGACGGUGGGAAGCCGUAUCGGGCUAGUCUGAUGGACGGGGAGAGGAUUGUGUUGACGGAGUGUGAUGAUGAUGAUGCUGAGGAACAAGAAGAUCUGGAGCAAGGGGAUCUGAAUUUUAUACCGCAGGAAGGAGCUGACGGGGAGCAAGGAGAUGGGACGCAAGAUGGUGGUGGACAGACAUACCUGGUGGAUGGUUCCGAGCCGGACGAAGAGGAGGAGGAGGAUGAUGAGGGUGAAAGCAAUGCGACGAGCACAGUGACCUGCAUCCCUAUUCCACCACCAAAUUCAUCACCAGGAGGAGAGCCAGACGAAAGACAAAGCCACUCCACAAACCAAAUCCCAGCACCAGAGCCCGAGCCCAAGCAAGACCUUCCAGCCUCCUCAGCACUCCGAUCCGAGUCCACACAACAGCAGCAACCAUACGACGACACCACCCGCCACUCAACAAGGACCCCACACCGCCGCUCAUCCACAACCACCUCCUACCACGACCCCAGCAAAUCCUCCAUCUCUUCCACUUCCACCUCUCGAACCCUCUCCCCUCCCCCCUACACCGAGAGGAUCUCCGUCCUCAUCAAAGACAUCCUCGGCAUCCAACACCGCAUUUCCAUGCGCCCUGAUCUCGCCACCGUGGCUCGUCUCAGAGCGAGAUACGCCAUGUUGGUCCAGCGUUCCCGCAGUGAUCUCAUGUUCUUCGCCGCAGAUGGCAAGAGGAUGGAAGAUGGGCAGAGUUUGAGCCAGGUGAGUAAUGGGAGAAAGGUAUUGAGUGGAAGACCCGCUGAUGGAGUUCGGUUUUGCGUGUAG